GGCGGCGACUUCUUAACGACACGCGACCAUGACGGCUGAGGGGAAACGAAACGGAUGGGAUAUCCGGUGUUGGAACGGGACAGAUUCGAUAUACACCGCACAUGUUAUACCUAUAUUAUAUAUAUAUCUGGACAUGGGGCGACUCAAGUCUGCAGCAUGAUAACUACCUUUUUUCUUUCUGGUUUUGUUUUUCUUUCUUCUUCCCACUUUCCACGUUCCCCUUUAUUUUUUUAUGUCUUUGACAUUCCCCAAUCUUCUUAUUCUAUCGCUGGCUUCAACGAGCCGCGCUACAUCGUUGGUAGGCGGGCCGUGGUCACCUAGGACUCGGUCGAGAUAUUACCGUCAUACCAACACACGCUCCUUUUCCUGUUUUGUGUUUUAUGUUUACCGACGUCUGUCUGUGCUAUGGGGGUCGGCCGCGAGCAGUUCUCCCUUCGCAGGUAGAAUUAUUAGUUUGGGAACCGCGGGAAGAGAAAAUAGGGAACUAGGAAGGCCGAUGAAUAAAAUAGCUAGUCUUUGAAAAAAGAGUGAUUUGUCCCAGUGAACAACAAUAUGUGA